ACCCCUAAACCCAUUUGUGUCUCUCUUUCUCUUCGAGUUUUGAGUAAUGGCGCGUGGCAAGAAGGCGAAGCCUAUAACGGCAGCACCGAGAGCGGCGGAGAAACCGGAAACCAAGCGGCUGAGCAACGCCGAGCGGUCGGCUUACUUCUCGAGGAGAGAGGCGGCGAAGGUAUUACGAACCGUACUCGAAGGCGACGCCCGGCGCCGAGCCGUCGGCUCCAUCAAAUCGCUCAUUUAUCGACCUUCUAUCAGGAACAAGAAGGGCACGUUCGCUCUGGUCUGUGAAACACUCAAGCAUCUUCCCAUUAUCAAGGACGUCUUGGAGGCUGCUGGCUUGCUGAAAGGCAAGUGGAAGAGGCAAGAGGAAUUAAUUUACAUAAUCACAUAUGACAUUCUUUUUGGGAAGGCUGUUUCGUUAGUUGGGGAUGCCGAGGUGUUUCUCAUGCACCGGAAAGAUGCUCUACAGGCAGCUUUGGCGCAGCUGUUAGUUAAGAAAAAAGUGAAGACCGCUCAAGAUUUGGUCCAACUUUAUCAAAUACCUGAAGUUUCAAAACCUCGUCAUGUUCGUGUAAAUACUCUGAAAAUGGAUGUUGAUUCUGCCUUACUCGAAUUAGGGCGAGGAUACAUGGUUCAAAAGGAUAACUUGGUUCCUGACUUGUUGAUACUCCCACCAGGUGCUGACUUACAUAACCAUCCUCUAGUCAUGAAUGGAAGUGUUUUUAUGCAAGGGAAGGCAAGUUCUAUGGUGGCAGCAGCUCUUGAUCCUAAACCCGGAUGGGAGGUUCUUGAUGCAUGCGCUGCCCCAGGAAACAAAACUGUCCACCUAGCUGCUCUUAUGAGAGGAAAGGGGAAGAUUAUAGCGUGUGAGCUGAAUAAGGAAAGGGUUAAUCGUCUAAAAGAGACUAUUAGCCUCUCUGGUGCCACUAAUAUCAAAGUUCUGCAUGGAGAUUUCUUAAAAUUCAACCCAAAAGAUCCGUCAUUCUCCAAGUUCAAUGCUAUUCUUUUGGAUCCUUCAUGCUCUGGCUCUGGGACAGCCUCUUCGAGAUUGGACCAUCUGCUCCCAUCUUAUGCUACGGGUCGUGGUGCUGAUGUUAUGGACACCGAAAGAUUGAACAAACUUGCGGCCUUCCAGAGAAAAGCUCUCACACAUGCCCUGUCUUUUGUUGCAGUGGAGAGAGUGGUGUACAGCACAUGCUCCAUUCACCAAAUUGAAAAUGAAGAUGUUAUCAGUUCUGUUCUUCCUCUUGCUGCCUCCUAUGGCUUUCAACUUUCAACUCCCUUCCCCGGGUGGCGGCGCCGUGGCCUCCCAGUCUUUGAAGGCUCACAACAUUUACUUCGGACAGAUCCUGUUGAGGAUGGAGAAGGCUUCUUCAUUGCUUUGUUCACCAAGAGCAACGCCGUCAAUUACCCAGAAAAGCAAGCAACCUGCAACAACACUCCCACAGCUCUCCUCCCUAACCGAUUACAAAACGUGAAGAAAAAGUUUGUAAUAUCGUGUACCCGUACUAAAUUGUUCCAGACAUGGUUGCAUACAAAACAGAGUAGGCGGAAGCGGCCAAAAACAUUUUUGGAAGCGAAUGAUUUGAAUGAAUCGCAAAGCACCGAAUGCUUUACGAUUUGAAUUCUAUUUUUUUUUUUUUCUUUUUCACCAAAAUGAAGAAUUUUCUCCUA